AUGGCAGCAGCGGGCCGCGCCAGCGAGCGGGGCGCGUCCAUAGAGGCGGCCAGCAACCGCCACGCCCCGGCCCUCUUCCUGCUCCGGAGCGCGGCCGCCGGCACCGGGGCCUACCUCGCGCUGCAGCGCCACGUGCCGCCCGACCUGGUGCUGGUGGUGGAUGCCACCUGCUGGCUGGCCGUGGUCUCCUCCAUCUCCUUCACAGAGGCCUGGGUCAAGUUCCGGGCGCCGCUGCUGGACAGGCACGUGGCGGUGGAUGUGGGGCGCCGCGUCUUCCGAGCGCAGUACGCCCUGGAAGGCGCCCUGGCCGGCACUGCCGCCGCGCUGCUGUGGGCACGGGCCGGCGGCAGCGCCCAGGGCGCGCUGGCGGCGGCGCGCGAGGGGCAGGGCGGCGCCCUGCUGGCGGCCGCCGCAGCCAUCCUGCUGCUGGAGCUAUAUGCGGCCGAGCUGCGGCGCCAGGUGGCGAAGUGGCCGCUGCCGCCACCCCAGCUGCACCUGCUGUCCGUGCUGCUGGCGCUGGCCAAGGCCGGCCUGCCGGCCGGCUUUGUGUGGCACCAGAUGCUGGCGCUGGUGUGA